GCUCGUCGCGGCGGGCGGCGCCGCUGUGCGGGAGGAGACGGCGGCGGCGUCGGCGGCGGCGGGGCGGGAGACGGAGGAGGGCGGCGGGGAAGCGGCAUGGGCGCCUGACGCCCGUCCCGUCCCGCCGCCGAGGGACGAUGGCGCGGCCCUGCGGCGGGCGGUGGCUGCUGGGCGUCCUCCUCGCCCUGUGCCGCUUGGCCGCGCCGCUCGCCAAGAGCCUGGAACCGGUCUCCUGGAGCUCCGGUAACCCCAAGUUCAUGACUGGGAAGGGGCUGGUCAUCUACCCGGAGAUUGGGGAUAAACUGGACAUUAUCUGCCCCAAGGCGGAGCCAUCCAAGCCUUACGAGUACUACAAGUUGUACCUGGUGAAGAAGGACCAGGCAGAUGCCUGCAGCACCGUCAUGGACCCCAACGUGCUGGUGACAUGCAACCGGCCGGAGCAGGAGAUCCGCUUCACCAUCAAGUUUCAGGAGUUCAGCCCCAACUACAUGGGCCUGGAAUUCAAGCGGCAGCAGGAUUACUUCAUCACAUCCACUUCCAACGGGACGCUGGAUGGCCUGGAGAACCGGGAAGGAGGGGUCUGCCAAACACGCUCCAUGAAGAUUGUCAUGAAAGUGGGGCAGGAUCCAAAUGCAGUGAUCCCGGAGCAGCUGACGACAAGUCGGCCGAGCAAGGAGUCCGACAACACCGUGAAGAUCGUCACACAGAGCCCACGCAGCAAGGUCCCCGCGGUGGAGGAGCCCGGCAAGCCGGGAUCUGUCAACCAGGACGGCCAGGAGACCCAAGGUCCCAGCGAUGGCUUCUUGAGCUCCAAGGUGGCUGUCUUUGCGGCGAUCGGCGCUGGCUGCGUCAUCUUCAUCCUCAUCAUCAUCUUCCUUGUCGUCCUCCUGAUCAAGAUCCGCAAGCGGCACCGGAAGCACACGCAGCAGCGAGCUACAGCCUUGUCCCUCAGCACCUUGGCCAGCCCGAAAUGCAGCGGGAAUGCGGGCUCCGAGCCCAGCGACAUCAUCAUCCCCUUACGGACUACAGAGAACAACUACUGCCCGCACUACGAGAAGGUGAGCGGGGACUACGGGCACCCCGUCUACAUUGUCCAGGAGAUGCCCCCCCAGAGCCCAGCCAACAUUUACUACAAGGUGUGAGGAGCAGCCUCGGCAAGCCGCCGAUGCAGGAGCACGGGAGCGCCGAGCACAGGGGGCAGCCGCCCCCAGGGUCUCCCCACGGGCGGUCUGGCGCCAGGAGGGAGGAAGCGAAAUGAACCCCACGGCACGGCGCGGGGAGCGCCAGGGUCCGGCGCUGGAGAGCGGAUGGCUCGCUCGCACCCUCGCGCGCUGAAUUCUCCCCUUUGUAUUUAGUUUUGUAGUUCUCAGCUUUUGUAAUCCCGAGACUCGAGGGUGAGCCUUCAGCAUCCUCCUCUUCUUCUCCAGGACUGCGGCCGGCCAGGGGCGGGUGCCGUGCCUUUCCACGCUCGCUUGGACACUGCAAGCAAACACAGAGACUCCACCUCCCCUUUUUCGCUUUGGGAUUUCCCUGUGUCACCCCUCUACGUCCUUGUGUGAAGUGCCCGUGCGCCUGGCGCCGCAUCGGCCGCCGCUCGGGUCCCGGAGCCUGGACCGGCGGCGAGGAGCCUCUGUCCGAGGAGGAGCGAGCAGCUGUGUGUGGGGAGGAGGAGGAUGCUUUGCCUAGGUGCCAAGAUGCAGACAACUGUGCAGGGAGGAAGCUGGCAAACCCGAUUUACUACUACUACUAUUAUUAUUAUUAUAAUUAUUUUAAUUUUUUUGUAACAUUUUUAUUUUUGUGAAUUCCGGGCGGGAUUCCGGCCCGCCGCCUUCGGGCCCAUGCCGUCGCCUCCUUCCAGCACGCCGUCCCUCCGGCCGCGGGGCAGACCCCGCUGCUCCCGGCGCUGCCCUUUUAAACUUUUGUGUUCAUAGCUGUUGACUCUUGUUUUAGUCUCUUUAUAAAAAGAAAGAAAGAAAAAAAAAAAUACCUAUACCAUGUCUCAAGCAUUCAGUGCGCGAGAGUCCGGGUGCUCCUCCUGUUCCAUGCGGAGCAGCAGCCUUGGCCUGGCAGCUCUUCCCAACGCCCUGAGGGUGUCCGACUGCAGAGAGAAGCGUUUGAUGAGGGUUUCCAUCAGGCUGGGGCAGAGCCUGCUGGAAGCAGAGUAGGGGGCAGCUGGAGACCAGGGGGUAGCUGCAGCCCCUGGUCCCGUCCCCCCACUGGUGAUGCUGUGGGUGGCUGUUCUUGGAAAGGAAAACUGGAAAACAAACGUUCCUGACCCACCGGUGGUGCUGGGGAGGCUGGGAGUGCCAGGAGGAGGCUGGUGCUUGGCACUGGAAGCCCCAUGGAGGGGUAACACGGGUGGCUGUAGCCCCAGACUUACCUUGCUGGGAGCUGAGCCGAUGGCUCCUGACCAAGCCUGGUUUACCAUGGGAACCCAGUGCCCCUUUGUGGGACCUGCCUUUGGGGACAGUACCCUGCAGCACCAGCCCCUGCCUGCCAUGCUCCCCACAUGGGAGCAUCACCAGCCCUUGCUCGCUCUGCCCUUGCCUUGGCCUUCUCUUGUCCAGAACUGGAAGGGUUGAGCCUUGGGCUCUUCUGGUGGAAUCAUUCCCAGCUUCAUCUUCCCAGGAGGACCUGCCAGCUCUGUGGCUGAUGCUGGCGAGCAACACGGGGCAGGUGGUGCACAGCCACCCCCCUGUCCGCAGCCUGUCCAGCUUGGGGGCGGGCGGCCACCCCCUUCUCCUUCCUUGCUUUCUUUUCCUUUCAGAAGUAGCUGCUUUUGCUCAGGGAGUGAGCGUGGGGCAGGCGGUGCUGCUCCCAGGGCAGCGGGCUUGCGGUGGCUCCAGGCCUGGUUUGUCCUUGCCUGUCCCCAGGGCCCCGAAACCCGUGUUAGGAAGUGCCCAUAGAGCGAGAGAGCUGCUCUGCAAAAGUGCCUUGACGAGGAGCGGGCAGGGGUGGCAGGAGGGGCAGAGCAGCGGAUGGGAAACCCAGCGGCUCGAUGCUGUGCUGGGGAUUUAGCUGCGGUCCUGAGUGGGACUGGAGCAUCCCGCAGUGUUGUGGUGUUGGUUGUUGUUCUGUUAAAGGCAGGAGGCUGGGCUGGAGCAGAGCAGGCUGCCCCUGCUCUCCUCCUGCACUCAGCAUCCAGCGGCGAGGAUGGCUUCUAGGGCCCUAAAAUGGCUACUGCCCUCGGGAGAGAAGAGCCAUAGCGGGUGCUCCCCUGAGCCUGGCCCUGCUCCCUGGUCCCUCCAUGUAGCACCUUUUAGCCCCUCUCCCCCACUGCAUCCAUGCCAGCACUGUCUGCCCUCGGCUGCUGCUGAAGGGCUGGGGCCACCACAGCUGGGACCCCCCAGUCCCUGCUGGAGUGGGGUCUGCCCUCAGAAAUCACAGCAAAUUGUGUCUUAAAGAAAAUCCCCCUUUCCCUCACUGGUGCCCUUUCCCAUCUGCUGCGUGGUGACCUGUGGUUCCUGAUGUGGGCAGUGGCGGUGGUGGAUCAGGAGGGAGCAGUGGCUGGUGUGGAGGAGGUAUUUGGGGGAUGAUUUAGUUUUGAUUCGUUUUGGAGGAGAAGGGAAUGAGUCUGGCCACAGUUGUGCCAAAAGCAAAGUGAUGGUGGCUCUUACCUGGCUCAGUGCUGUCCCCAGCCAGGCUGCAGCUCAGCAGCCCCAUCACCUCCAUUCCUGUUGCUGGGGGCAGCUGAGAAACCUUGUAAAUAUGUGAAGAAAGGGUGAAAUCUGAACUCUUGGUUUUUGCUGAGCACCUCGGUCUGCUGGGUCCUGAAAUGGAGUGUGUCCCUUUGGUUCUUUUCAUUGAAAGCAUUGAAGUUUGGUUGGUUUCUUUUCUUUUUUUUUUUUUUUUUUUUGUCUUGCUUUGUUUGUGUAAAUACUAGUCUUUUUUGGAAGAAAUAAUGUAAAGAUGUUUUGUAUAAACUCUGAAUUAUUUUCUGGUUGCUUUUUCUUAGAAAAAAAAACAAAGGAGAACUAAAAAGAAAAAAAAAAAAAGAAAAAAGAAACAAGAAAAAGUAAUUUUAACCACGAGAACGGGUGUAAAACAUUGUCAUACUGCGCUCAGCCCCGGGCUGCCCGCGGGCUGUGCUGGUGUGCGAGUGCUUGGUCCCCUGGGAUACAGCAGAGAGCGUGGCUGCUCCUGCCCUGGUUCCUGGGACAGCCCCAGCACCCAUGGCAGGGUCAGACCUGGCUCAUCCCCAGCUUGUUUCUGGCUGUCCUGGGUCCAGGCAGAGCUGCAGCCCCAGGCAGGAGACUUGGCAACACCAGGUGAACUAAAGGAGCACCAAAUUUAUCUCAUUUUUUGUCUUAAACCAAAAAAGCCCGAACCUCAGGAUGUGGAACUCAGUGCAGCAUCCUGAGAUCCUGAUCUGCUGUUCCAGACCCGUGCAGCUGCUCUUGUUGCAGAUCCUUUUCCCCAACUAUCCCUAUUUUCCAGUUGCCAGCUGCAAGCACACCACAGCCCAAUCUCUGCUUGGUGCCUGGGCUGGGGUGGCUUCUUCCUCUUCAGCAGAGCCCAUGUUUUGCACGGGACAGUGCCAAGGGUGCUUGCGCUCGGGGAGGUGUCCAUGGCCAUGAAAGCCAUUUCUGGUGUCAUCGGCAUGCUGGCAUUUCCCUAGGGGCAGCCAGAAGGCAGCAGGGAGCUCCUGCAGUCCCACUUCCUCAUUGGAAUGCCUGUGAAUCUGCAUUAUAGGAGAGUGAGGCGGUUUGGAGCGGGGUUGGUACCUCCUAUCCUCUUGUCCUCCCUCUGGGCUGCACCGCGCACCAGCACACCCCCACCGCGCACUCCCACAUUUCAGAGCUGUGACCACAUCUACAUCCCAUGCCGUUGCAUCCGUGCCCUCACCGUGGUCCUGCAUCCCAAUGGGGGCAAAGUCCCAACGUUCCCGGGCAGCCCUGCAUCGCGCCAUCCACCAUCCGUGGGGCUGCUGCCUUUGCCAUGGUGCCGGCACCACUGGAGCAUCCAGGCUGACACAUUUUCCCUGUCCAUCCUCUGCUGCCGUUAGUCGAGAGGUGGAUUUGAACUUGGAGCUCAGGUGUGGCCGGGCCCACUGCUGGUGCAGGGCAUGCAGGACUGGGGCAUUGGCCCAGGGCUGGGAAUGCCACUGGCGAGCAGCAGGAGCGAUUUGGGUACCACAUGGCUUGGCCAUGAAGGGGGACGCCGGGGCUUUGGCUGUGUGGCCAUGGCCCAGAGGAGAUGAGGACCCUCUGUGCCAGAACCUACCUGGGGGAUGGCUGGUCCCCAAGCUGCCUGCAGGGGCCAUGUCCCAGAGCAGGGCUCGGCAGUCCCGCCUGGUUGAUUGUCCUUGGCUCCCGGUGGGUCCCAGUGGCCACGCUCCCGGCUCUGCAGAGUUUUCUUUCUUCGUGUCAUGUUCCUCUUUUUGAUUCCUUCCACCUUCUCUCCAGCUCUCCCGCCCAGUAGCAUAUCAUCGGCAUCGGUAACCAGCUCUGUGGCAUCUGAACUCCAUGGAGCCGUGAUGGAACCUGAUAUAUUGUUAAAUAAAAGGGUUUUUUUCCUAUGGAAA